AUGUCCGAAAAAAUCACCGCCCCCUUCUUAAAACUCUACCGCCACCUCUUCCCCAAGGGCAGAAACGUCCAAAAUGAUACGGCCGAGAAAGCCAUCCCUCCUGAGAGUCUAAUUGUUGUUCUCCAAGAUAUUGGAAGAGUCGACGAAGUAAUUCGAAGGGAACUUCAAGACAUCAGUGAGGAGGAAAUACUGUCAAUAGCCAAGAGGAUCAAAAGACUACUCGACGUUUGCCUCGUGUCCAUGGCCUGGAUUAUGUUUGCUUUGAAUUCUUUCGACCGAAGCAGUCUUGGGAAUGCAAGAGUCAUGGGCUUGCAGAAGGAUUUGGACAUGAAUUCAAAUCAGUAUGGCCUCGCUAUGAUGCUGCUUUUUAUUGCAUAUGUCCUGGCACAAGUUCCUUCGAACUACUACCUGGCAAGGGGCCGCCCUUCAAUCUAUCUCCCAGUGGUGAUGGUCCUUUGGGGAUGUGUGUGCACGGCCACUGCUUUUGUGACGACCCCGUCACAACUAUAUGUGGUGCGUUUCUUUCUGGGUCUCUUGGAGGCGCCUUUCUGCGUCGGUUGCCUUUUCCUCAUCUCUUCCUGGUACACAAGGACCGAGCUUGGAUUACGCAGUGCCAUACUUCUGACGGCGCCGAUGAUGGCCAACGCCUUCUCUGGCCUUAUUGCUUUUGGUAUUUACGACACAAUCGACGGAGCACGGGGCCUCGAGGCGUGGCGUUGGUUGUUCAUUGUGGGCGGUGUUUGCACAGUUUUCGUUGCCUGCGUCGGCUUUUACGUCCUUCCAGAUUUUCCGUCCAACACCCGCUACCUCUCCGAGAAAGAGAUCGCAGUUGCUCAACUGCGAAUGAUUGCCAACGGUGUUCAGGAUGAUGAAAGCGAUUAUGGUCGUUGGCGCGGCCUCGUGAUGGCUGUAAGAUGCUGGCAAGUCUGGGUUUUCGCAGGGAUGUUCCUGCUUUUGGCGAUCGGUGCGUCGGUGCACAACUUCUUCCCCUCGGUCGUAAACACCCUUGGAUUUUCUCGGAAUACGACCCUGUGGAUGACGGCUCCUCCAUAUCUCAUUGGAGUUGUCGUCACCAUUGCCAACAGUCUGUGCGCCGACCGGCAUCGCAACGCUUGCCCUCACGUUGUUGCGCCGGCCGCACUAGCAAUGCUCGGUUUCUUACUCUUCUUGCUCGACCAGUCGUCCACACGAAGUGGCGUGUGGGUUCGCUACGCUGCUGCUUUUCUUAUGAUUGUAGGGGCACAUUCUGGGUAUCCGGUCGUUCUCUCGUGGGCGCAGAAGACGAUACGAGGUCCCAAAGAGAUGCGAGCCUGUGCUAUUGCCAUCAUCAAUACAUCCGGAAGUAUAUCACAGCUGUCCAUGGCGCUGAUUUACGUGUUUACAGAUCGCCACAUCCGAACUGUAUCCAAACCGAUGGGCACCGAGGUAUAUACCGUCGAUGUCCUUGAAUACCACUUGCGCGCUGGUAGCGAUUUUACUUGCGAUCUUCAUGCGCCAUCAAACCCGUGCCUCAAGCUCCGUUGCGACGCAAAAUCUGUCGGGUGUUUUGACGAGAUCAGCAACUGGAGGGCAAACCCACUGUUGAUUUCAUUCCCGGUCUUUUGA